AUGAUGCCUUACACCCACGGAUGCGCAGACCGCAAAGCAUCCCUCCCAAAGCCACACGUCAACAGAUCGUCGACCACGUUUCAUGAUCUUAUGAAGGACUUCAGCCUGGUUAGGGAUUCGAAAAGCACGAGGUUCCCACAUGGCUUUAUUGCAGAGCUGGAAAAACGGUUGACGGGCGUUUUGAUCGGGCGUGAGCGAAGGAAAGAGUACCAAGAUGGAGUAGUGAAGCGGACUUUUGCGGUAUUCCUUAAUGCGUUGAAAGAACAGAGCUUCAAGAAGCGAAUGGAAAAGGAUAGGCGAGUGGAAGAUCUUGUGUUGAUAUUCUUCUCCAAUGCUACCAAAGAACUCUCAAAGGGAAAAUCUCCGGAAGACAACAGCUGGAAGCUGAUGGUCGAUCGCCAUGUUGCGCUCUUUGUCAGGCUGAUCACACUCAUACUGAAGGACCACGAUUGGUUACGAGAAAAGCCUGAGUUGGCAGCGAGAUUGUCAACGCUUGAAACUAAACUGCUCGCUCAUGAUCAAGACUUGGCCGAGGCAGCCCAACCAGAUGGGGCGGGAGUGCCCACUGAGCUGGUUCCUUUGAGCUACGAUGUCAAGGAUAUGCCCUUGGUACAAGUGGUUGCAAAGAUCUUUGACUUGAGAGAAUCCCAAGUCCAGUCCGAUAUCAAUAAAAACAAAGAUACUUGGACUGCGAAGGAGGCAUUGAAGGACCUGAAAACGUACCAAACGCAUCUCACUCUGCAUACAGGAAAGACGCUCUCAAAGGCAGAUUUCGAACAUGACGAAGCCUACGAUAUUUGGAAAAAGGCUGAAGCUCCAGAUUUAUCCCAGAUGAUGCUAGCGAUUAUUCAAUCCAACCCAGAGCUUGCGAAAAGCACCCCUGGCGGAGGGUUGCCACAGUUUAACGAUCCACAUUCCGAAAUAACAAACACUUCGGAUAGCUCCUCCUAUGUUUUAAAUCAGCCGGUGGAUAUCGCUGCUUUAUCCAUUUCUAAUGACGAACAACAGCUCGACACUGGAGAUCUCUAUACCUUCAUCCCCCCAGAUCCAAGGUCAUAUUAUCGGUUUAUCUUGGCCCAGGCCAUUACUCACGAUCUGCAUGACCGGGCUUUGGAACCCUCUGAGGCCACUUCAGAAAUUCCAGCAAUGAAACUCCUUUCGAAGCGAUCAACCGAGCUUCUCAAUGAACUAGGCCUACGCUGGCGGAUACCAACCUUCUCGCGUGCAGCUUUAUUCUUGGACGUGUUUGGUUCUAAAUAUGUUGAGCAGGAGGUAGAUCUUGACACCCUGGAUUCGGCCUUCAUCUUUGUUAAAGAGCCUCCCCCAGAAAAGAAUAAGCGGACGAGUUUUGUUGCUCCAGUGUUUUACGAUAGGAACAAAUGGACGCGGGCCGACAUUUGUACUAUGCAGCGAGUUCUUUCUUCUAUUCAUAAUGCCCUCCUGAGGCAGUUAUACGAAACGAUGAUGCACUGCUACGACAGCAAAAUCCCCCCACUCGCUCCAGUGUUAUAUGUACUUGAAAACCAUGUUGAAUCGGACCCCAAUUUCUCACCAAAUUCGGAGGAUCAGGAGCAAUUCCAAUCCUAUGCCUAUGAAGGAUUACUAGGAAAAGCAAAGGAGGUCUAUCAAGACAAUCUCAACAAGGAAAUCCCACCUGAUCAAGAGAUAUGGGAGUUCUAUCAUGUUAUACAGUUGAGCAAGGCGAUUAUGAAACUUUGUCAGAGAAUUCAAAAAAGAUAUAAGAAGAAUCCGGAGAUUAUGGGUGUCAACCUUCUCACGGUACUCGUAAACUGCGUCCUUCCUAUGUUUGCUGAAGAUGCGCAGGACAUGAUCCAGAGAAUUAUGCAACAAGCCAAAGAUAAAAAUGAAGAAAUUGAAGUCCAAGAUGGAUUCGAUCUGUACAAGGAGUUGUCAGAAAUGCGGGGCAUUUAUAUGCAAGCGCUUCCAGGGGAGCCCUUUCCUAUACCUCUGGAGCAGCUGUUGGCUGACUUUGUUUGGCGUUGGAUUCAACUGACUGAUGAAAAGAUGCUUGGCUGGGUAGAGCAGGCUGUCAAACAAGAUAAUUUUAUGGUCCGGACAGAGUCUCCUGAUGAUGUACCCACCGAAGAACAGCGACACAGCGUGUCAGUGAUUGAUAUUUUCAGAUCAUUCAACCAAGUUGUCAAUCAGAUAGUCGAGUUAAAAUGGGACGAUGAUGUGGGAUAUGCAAAAUUUAUGACCGCUAUAUCAAAGUCCAUCGGCAAUGGUCUUUCGAGGUAUUGUGAAAUCCUCGAGCAAGCGUUUAUUAAAGAAAUGGACCGGCCUACGCCAGAACAAGAAGCAGCUGCAAGGCAAACAAAACAGGAGAAAUGGAUGCAGAUGGCAAAGGAGGCCUGGAGCAGUAAGGAGAAGGUGGAGCCAUUUCACUUUUUCCCAGAAUACUUACGGUUUAUGGUUCAGUCGUUCGUCAAGCUCAACAACAUCGAAUAUGCAUUGCACCAACUAGAUAAGCUGGAAAAAGAAAUCAACGUUGAUGGCUGUGCAGAGGUUCUUGCAAAGCAUGCUCCUCCAAUCACCAAAAAGCAACGCAAAACCACAAACUAUGUGUUCACCGUGAAAAUUGUCGAGGCAGAGGAUCUGAAAGGAUGCGACAUGGACGGUUUGAGCGACCCAUAUGUGGUAUUAACCGAUGAAUACCAGAAGCGUAUCUAUAAAACCCGUAUAAUUUACGAUAACCUCAAUCCAAGGUGGGAUGACAGCGUCGACAUCAUGACCAAAACGCCUCUGAAUAUCAUUGCUACGCUCUGGGAUUGGGACGCCGUUGGGGACCACGACUACGUUGGACGCACGUCCUUGAAGCUUGAUCCAGCGCAUUUCAGUGAUUUUGCACCCAGGGAAUACUGGCUUGAUCUUGACACUCAAGGUCGGCUGCUGCUUCGGGUUAGCAUGGAAGGAGAGCGAGAUGACAUCCAGUUCUAUUUUGGCAAAGCGUUCCGAACGCUGAAGCGAACAGAAAGAGAGAUGACCCGUAAGACUACGGAGAAGCUAUCCGCAUAUAUCAACCACUGUCUGUCACGUCGAGCAUUGAAAGCGUUACUUUCAAGAGGGCUUAGUAUGUCUAGCGUGUCCAACUACUUCAACAGAAACCGAGCACCGACCAGUCAAGCCCCGACAACGGCCGACAUCGAAGGAGCCUUACAUCCUCUUUUCACAUACUUCGAUGAUAACUUCUACAUCAUGGCCCAGACACUCGCCCCAGAUGCAAUGAGGCCAGUCAUGGCCCGGCUGUGGAAAGAAGUCCUCGGCACGGUGGAGGGUCUUCUCGUCCCCCCGUUAUCCGACAAACCCUCAAACCAACGCCCUCUGACCCAGCAGGAAGUGGAUAUUGUAUCCCGCUGGCUCACUCUCCUUCUAAAUUUCUUCAACGCCGUCGAUGAAGAAACGGGCGAAGCGAACGGUGUACCUCUGGAUAUACUAAAGUCACCGAAAUAUCACGAAAUCCAAACCCUCUUCUUCUUCUACUUUGAACCUACAGAGCAUCUAAUCCGAACCUCCGAACGCAUGGCAAGCGCUACUGCGGCCCGCCAACAAGCAAACCGCAACCGACUAUCAGUCACAUCCGCCUCCUUCAGCCCAUUCGCCGGCGUCCCAUCGACGCGCCGCGGGAAGAGCAUAAUGUUCAAGCGGAAUCUUGGUACGAUGAAAAAGGCAAAAGAGGAAAAAUGGCGCGAAGCACAGGCCGAACCGAAUGACGAUAUGAUCCUGAGGAUCCUGCGCAUGAGGCCUGAGGCAGCCGGGUAUCUACGGGACAGAAGUCGACAGAAAGAAAGACUUGCAACGGCCGCAGCGGCAGAUCUGAUUGUCAAGCAGAGCCUAAUGGCAAGCGGUGGUGGACGAAUGAGCGGUAUGUUGCCAAGGGGAUAA